AGAACAGAACAAUCAAGUUCGCUCGAUCAAAUUGAAACUGUGUUUGUGUGUGAGAAAACUUGUUUUAAGGUAUUUAAGGUAAUAAGGUUUUAAGUUUGUAGAAGAUGAUAUAUGUAGAAUUCAGAGAGUAAGACGUCUCAGAAUUCUUUGUUUGCGUUUCAUUUGGAAGCCACGUGUGUGCAUACAAACCUUGAGGAAGUGUCCACAUAAAUUUCCAUAAAAAAUACUUGACAACAUCCAUCUAUUAUAAAAUCAGUUGUGAAAUGAACGACGAAGAACGAAAGUAUUGCAUGCGACGACGUUGUUCUAUAUACAGAGUGUCUAACAACGAAUAAAUAAGUGUUUAGGCAGAUUGGGUCAAUUUCUGAACAACAGAAAAGUUACUUACCAUUUUGCAAUAAUUAUUGAGAUAUGAAUUAAUUAAUGUGUGCCAAUAAUAUGACGUGACGGCAAGACAACUUAUAAAGCUUUCAUUAUCGCUGGCAAACGUGCUUUAAAUUUAUAUUUUCUUUGACUCGAUUCAAAUCUUUCACAUCUUAUACUAACGUGAGAAAUAACGCCGCAAGUCCGAAGAAAAGAAAAAGAGCAAAGACGUAAUAACACGUAUAUACGAUAAAAUUAUACAAUACUCUUUUACCAUGACAAUAAUAUUAUUAAUAUUAAUAAAGAUCUUGUUCUUUCUUCUUCGAUGUUUAUUUGCUCCAUUUGUCAAAUUACGCCAUUUAAGAAAGAAACGGCAAUGUCCGUCAAUCAAUAAUAAAAUUCUGUUGCAAUCGGCAACAGAAAUUGCUCGAAGAAUUCGCAGAAAAGAAAUUAGUUGCAAACAAGUGAUCACUGCGUACGUGGAACGGUGCAAAGAGGUGAAUCCAUUGCUCAAUGCGAUCGUCGAGGAUCGAUUCGAGAAUGCUGUUCAAGAGGCGUGUGAAGUCGACGAUUUUUUACAUUCAACUACAAUGACCGAGUCGGAAAUUGCGAGUCAAAAACCGCUGCUGGGAUUACCUAUUACGAUCAAAGAAAGUAUUGCCGUUCAAGGGAUGAGUCAUACUGUGGGGGUAAAAGACGAUCCUUCGAAGGCAACUCACGACGCCGAUGUUGUGACGAAAAUUCGCAAUGCGGGUGGAAUUAUUUUACUUGUCAGUAAUACGCCGGAGUUGUGUCUUUUCUGGCAUACAUACAAUAAUGUGACCGGCAGCACCAAGAAUCCUUACGACAUACGGAAAACACCCGGCGGUUCUUCCGGUGGCGAGGCUGCCCUUCUUGCCGCUGGCGCCUCUCUCUUGGGCAUGGGUUCAGACGCCGGAGGAUCAAUCAGACUGCCAGCGAUGUUCUGCGGCGUUUUCAGUCAUAAACCUACACCCAACUGGGUUUCAGUAGAGGGUCAUAAACCUGGCGCACUCGACAAGGAUUGGCCCUUGUAUUUUGCAGUAGGUCCUUUGGUCAGGUAUGCCACUGAUUUGCCUCUUCUGUUGACAGUGGUGUCACAAUCUGAUAACGCUAAAAUUGGCUUUAAUAAGAAGGUGCAUCUGAAAGAAGUGAAGUUCUUUUACAUGAACGAUUGCAAUUCGAAGGUAAUAAACUCAUUGAACAGCGAUAUGAAAAACGCAAUGCAAAACCUCAUCAGACACAUAGAAACGACAUUUGAUCUUAAAGUGCAAAAGGCAAAUUUAAAUAUGAAGUCGGUGUUUGAAAUAAGUCUAAUCAACCUUAUUUCCAUUAAAAAUGUAUACUCUAUGUUUGAUCGUUUUGAUGAUCCCAAGAAAACAAAGAGCGUAUGGAAAGAAGUAUUGAAGUUUCUCUUUGGUAUGUCACCACACAGUAGUCCCGCUAUAAUGUUUGGGAUAAUGCGAAAGCUUUUUGCCCUCAUUCCACAGUCGUUUUAUAAUAAAAUGAUAGAACAAAAAAUGCAAUUAAAAAGAGAAUUUGAGGAGAUAUUAGGUAAUAACGGCGUCUUAAUCUUUCCAACUUAUUUGUCGUCGGCGCCUUAUCCUAGAGAAGUGUUGUAUAAUAUCCCAAAUUUUACCUUGACGGCUAUUUACAACAUGCUCGGACUACCGGUAACGCAAUGUCCACUUGGGUUUGAUAACAGACAAAUGCCGAUUGGAAUUCAGAUUGUCGCAAAUCCAGGUUGUGAUCAUUUGACAAUUGCUGUUGCGCAAGAGAUCGAGAGAGUAUUCGGUGGUUGGUCUUAUCCGUCAACAUAUAAUGAAAAUCUUGUAGGAUCCGUGUUAGACUUAUACGAUCGAGACACAUUUUAAUUUAGAUAUUCGUAAUUCAUAGUAAUUAUUAUUAGUAAUUAUUUCUUUUGAUUAAACAUGAAACUUGUCGCCGCGCGACUAGCAAUCGUGAACGCGCGAAUUGCUGAGCUAUUUUUUUACUCUCAUGUUUAUUCGCAGAUACUUAUAAAUCAAUAACUUAUUUUAAUUAUUACAAUAACUUAUUAAACUUAUGAAUCAAUAACUUAUUAAUUAUUACAAAACUUUUAAAGCGAAGAUUUUUCAACUCAAAAUGACGCUUUAUCUAAUCACGAGAAAUGAUAUAGACACAUUGUAAAAAUUAUCGAUAAUCGGAACAAUGAUCGAAAAGCGGUGUUUGUUGCAGUAAAGCUACGCAUUGUUUCUAACAAAUUUGUAAAACUAAAUGCUUUAUUUUGACUAAACGUGUUUAUUUAUUUCUAACAAGCUACAUAAGUGUAACGUAAACUAUAUGGUUUUAAACGUGUAACUAAUGACACAUUUAUCAUCUAAAGUGAGAUGAUAAUAUAUCCUCGACGUUAUAUUUGUAAACAACAAAAGAUUUCAGACGCGCUGGCGAGGCUGCGUUUGAAUAGCUCGUUUUUGUAUGUGUGAAGAUAACAGUCUAUCUUCAUUGCUCUUUAAUAAAUGUGUGCAAAGAUAGAGUAACGCUUUUAGCACAAAACCAAACUGUACGAACACACUCUGAA